ACAGAACCACAAUGGCACCACAACCACUGGAACAGGGAGGAGCGGUAACGAGCUUCAUCCCGACGGGGCAGGAAAUGGCUCAGCGGCAGAAUUUGAUUCCGUUAGGCCGCUUGAUAGAUUUCAUCAUCCAGCGAACGUACCACGAACUUACGGUGCUUGCCGAACUGCUGCCCCGCAAAACUGACAUGGACCGAAAGAUUGAAAUUUACAACUUUUCUGCCAGCACACGGCAACUCUUUAUCCGCCUGCUCGCCCUAGUAAAGUGGGCAAACUCAGCCUCCAAGGUGGACAAAUCGGCCAAAAUUAUGGGCUUCCUCGAUAAGCAAUCGAUGCUGUUCAUUGAUACGGCCGAUAUGCUGUCGCGCGUUGCACGCGAAACACUCGUCCACGCCAGGCUGCCCAAUUUUCACAUUCCCGCAGCAGUUGAAAUCCUUACCACUGGCAGCUACUCCCGGCUACCGUCCGUUAUCCGCGAUAGGAUAGUACCGCCGGAUCCGAUAACGCCGGCAGAAAAACGGCAAACGUUGCAGCGCUUGAAUCAGGUUAUUCAGCAUCGUCUCGUGACGGGCAGUUUGCUGCCACAGUUGCGCAAAUUCCGCAUCGAAAAUGGACGUGUCACGUUCAAGGUGGACCAUGAGUUUGAGGUGUCGUUGACGGUGAUGGGCGAUGCGCCGACCGUCCCUUGGCGGCUGCUUGAUAUUGACUUCCUGGUGGAAGAUAAGGAGACGGGCGAUGGGAAAGCGCUCGUACAUCCGCUUCAGGUGAACUACAUUCAUCAGCUGAUUCAGGGCCGCAUUGUGGAUUGUACCGAUGCGCUGGCGGAAGUGUACACCUGUCUGCACUACUUCUGUCAAUCGCUACAGCUUGAAGUACUGUACACACAGACACUCCGCUUGAUCCGUGAUCGACUGGAUGAUCACAUCCACGUGGACGAGUAUGUUGUCGGAUCGCGACUAACCGUUUCCUACUGGCGUGAGCUCACAAACAAGGAUCCCAAAUCGGAGCUAGGAUACCGACUAACCAUCCAAACAGACCCAAACGAUUCGGCAAAACAGCUCGCAAUACUGCAUGUUCCAUCGAUCGGUAACAAAGAAGCUGACAUUGCCGAUCGUGCCGUACGUUCGGAUUUACUGUCCAUGGAGCGACUGCUAGUACACACGGUUUACGUGCGAUCAUUGGCACGGCUUAACGAUGUAAAAACCGAACUGCAGCUUUUCCUCAAAGACGUGGAGUAUCAUAUUCAAGGCACACCGGCUAUGCUCACCGUGCCGGUGCUUAAUCCUUGUCUGCGGGCGGAACACAUCUACAUCACGGUGGAUACACACACGGGUAUGCUCCGGUGUCAUGUGCCGAAACAUCUCGAUUGUCCGAUUAUGCCCGAAAUGCAACACGCACUCAACAACGAUUGGUCAAAGUUGCAGCAUCUAAUAUCGGAACUGCGCUAUUGGAUCACACAACGAAGGUGUGAGAAAACGUUGCAACACUUGCCGGCGGCUACACAGGAUCGGCUGCCGUUAAUCUAUCCUCAAAAUCAUCCGAUCGCACGAAUGGGUCCGCAUAAGGUGUUUAUUCAGCUGUACCGGCACGCCAACGUUAUUCUGAUCGUUGAGCUGAAGGAAAAGAAAUCAUGUCCCAACGAAAUGACCUACACCUUCUACUUGGUGCUGGUAAAACCUUCGUCAGUUGAAGAAGGACAGUCACAGGAUGCAGCUUCCACAGCCGCCGGACAAGCUAAUCAACCCGGCGGUGCUGGAGGCAACGAAACGUCAACUGCCGCCAUGCCCAAAAUGUAUCUUCGUGUACUUUCGAUGAUUGAGUUCGACACGUUUGUAGCAACACACGGUCCAGGCACGUAUAUCGACGAACCGAGCCCGACCAGCAGUGGUAGCAGCGUUACUAGCACCAAGCGAAAGAUUUCGCCACUAGAAAGUGCGAUGUCAAGCAUGGGACCACCGUUAAAGCAGCAAAAAACCAUUUACCCGGCGUACUUCAUCCCUGAACUGGCCCAUGUCGUGGCGAUGUGUGACGAGAAGCUGCCGUUUGUAACGCUUGCGAAGGAAUUCACGAUGCGCAAGAUUCCACACGGUGGUCUGCAAGUCGAAGCGAAUGCAACUUCGCUCGUCCUGAAGCUCUUGACACUUCCCCAACCGAAACCACCGCAGGUGCCAGCUUCUGCUCAACAGCAACAGCAGCAACAACAAUCAGGUGCAUCCGGAUCCGAUGCUAAAGCGGCAGCGGCUGCCGCAGCUUCCGCCAACGAACCGAAAACUGUACACGUACCACCGAUCGAUAAGCAGGUGUGGAAUGCGCUACUUAAACGUUUGCUUUCCGUCUCGGUGCGGGCCCAAGUCAACAAGAGCAAUCAAACACGACUCUGGACGAUGGAGCUUGUGUUUUACGGAUCUCCUUUACCGAGUCUGCACCACAAAGAGCAAGGUAUGCGACGAGCUGUCUAUCUCCAGUACGAAAUGCAACCCGUCGAAUCAGUCUCCAAAGUGGUCGAUCAACUGCUGAGCGAUUGGUCCAAGAUCGUGUACCUGUACACGCUCGUGCACGAGUUCCGCGAGCAGUUCAACAACGAAAAGUACAACCUGCAGAGCAUGGUGACGAUUAAAUCGUACAGCUACACCAAUCUGCUGCUCGCCUACGGUCCCAACAAAGACGUCAGCGUGAACAUCUGCUGGGACACGGAGGUUAAAGAGUUUCGGCUCGUGUUUACCGGUGGCAACAGUGCCAUCAACGCUCACUCGAUGAUGCGCGAUCAGUUGCAGGCUCAUCUGAAUCAUAACUAUAGCCUAGCACAGAUCGUGCAUAUGCUGCACGAAACUUAUCAACCGCUCAGUUCGAUCGCAAAACUGCCGAUCAUACCGCAUCUGGCCAUCUUGCAGUCGCCCAAAAUUCCGGUACUAUCCUUCUGCAUCAUCCCUCAGUCGCCGACGCUGCUGCGCAUCUCGUUCCAGGGUGUGUACUGUUUGGAGGUGCGCUUUCGGGGCGGUGGGUUGUGCACGAUACGAGACGGAGCGUACAGCCGGUUCGAUCGGAGCCACGUCGUGGAAGAGUUUACCCCAACGCAAGGUUUGAAAGGAUUCCUCUCGAAAUACGUCGACGAAACGGCCGUUUUCCGGCGCCGGUCGCAGUCGGAAGAUGACAAUCCACCGUCCCCGGUGACGCUGGAAGAUCCGACUGGACAUGGGGGCGGUGCGGGUGGAAGUACCGGUGGAGGUAAUAAUGGUGGCGCUGGUGGUGGCGGUGGUACUGGGGGUGGUUCAAACACGUUCCUCAGCGGAGGAACCGGUAUGAGGGGCCCGCAGAGUCCCCGCGACCCAGGUCUUCGCUUUGCGGCGCCUCUAACACCGCCCACCAGCUCGAAUCCGCAUACGCCGGCCAGUCCCCAUCCAAUCGGUGGCGGUGGUAGCGGUGCUGGUGGAGCUGGUGGCGGUGGUGGUGGUGGUGGUGCUGGUGGUACGGGGGUUCAGGGUGGGCAGCAACAAGGUCAUAUGAAUAAUUUCAACAUGACUUCACCGCCAGCGUCUCACAUGCCGCAUCCAUCGCCUAGCGGAGGUCUCAUGCCAUCGUCCCCGCUGAAUGCUCAGCCAAGCCCGAUGGCGGCACACUCGCCCGGUCCCAGCAGUCUGUCGUACAUGCAGAGCCAUACGGACGGCAGUCCGUUUGCAGCCCUCUCGCCAGCCGCCUCAAACUGGCCCGGAUCGCCCGGUAUGCCACGGCCCUCGCCCCGUCCCGGUCAAAGUCCGGAACAUAAAGUACAAACGUCCCAUCAUUACCCGUCUCGCGUAUUGCCGGCACGCUCCUGGGCUGGUGCGACUCCGACAACACUGACGUACGAGGCGCUCGACACACUCUGUCGAGCAACGUCACAUCCACAGAAGGAAGUUCCGGGACCAGAGUUGAGUCCUCUGGAGCGUUUCCUUGGUUCUGUGUUUAUGCGCCGACAGCUACAGCGUAUCAUUCAUCAGGAGGAAAGCCUGAUGGCGAUUACCUCCAACGAACCGGGUGUGGUCGUAUUUAAAGCGGAUUGCCUCCAGUACCAAGUCUUCCUCAACCCUAACCAUAUGCAAUCGCUGCAUCUGAAGGUGGACCAGCUACCGAUGGGUCCGAUGAUGGACGGUAAGCCCCCGUACCAGUGGGCCGCGCAAGAUCUGCAAAUCUUGGAACAGUUCUUCGAUCAGCGCGUGGCAGCACCGCCCUAUCGACCAGCCGUCAUGACGAGCUUCACGCGCAUGCUGAACCUACCGGCAAAGGUGUUGAAGGACUUCAUCCAAAUAAUGCGUCUCGAUCUGAUGCCGGAGCUGGUGCAAGGCAACAAGUGGAACGUACAGUUUGUGCUGCGCGUGCCACCAUCGGCCACCCCGAUCGUACCGGUUGGUACCACGACGAUCCUAUCGCACCGACAGAAGAUCCUGUUCUUCAUCCAGAUUACGCGCGUACCGUACAUGCCUAACAUGGAGUGGAAGGAUGCGGUAACGAUGCUGCUCCCGAUGGUGUACGAUAUGAACAUGAACCACACGACGCUGGCCGAACGGCGUGAACCAAUGCCGCCGCAGCUAAACAGUGCCGUAAGUGCACACUUGCGCCGUUUCUCCGAAUGUUCCGUACUGCUGCCGGAUGAGUGUUCCCUGUUUCCGGCCGUACACGAUUUGCUUCUAUCGUUGACGCUGCCCAACGAACCACCAGCACCGGGACAAAUGCAGAUGCAGAUGGGUGGUGUAAUGCAACCAGGAGGUGGACCCGGUGGUCCGGGAGGUCCUGGAGGACCGAUGGGUGGACAGAUUGGAGGACCUUCGCCACAGAUUGUACCGCAGGUUGGUUCUAGCCCGAGCCCAAUGAUGCAUUCGCCGAUGCAACAGAUGGGCGGUGGCGGACAGCAACCGGGCGGCUACGGAGGAAUGGUGGGUGGUCCCGGUGGUGGCCCACAGUCUGGCGGACCGGGUGGUGGUGGUCCCGGUGGACCAAACUAAACGGAGC